AUGAAGGAUCUCGGUUUGAAAAUACCUACGCGCAAUGUCCUAACUGGCGCGGUGGUUAACUGGGAUGAUGACGAAAUGGGGGGCCUUGGUGACUCUCCAGAGAACCUGACGCUGUCUUGGAAAGAUCUAUCAGUUUACAGAAGAAAAAAACAUCAAACUAGUAUUUGGAGAUCACCGACGUAUGAAGAAGUUAAAGUGUUACAUGGAGUGAGCGGAGUGGUGUCGUCUGGCAACUUAGUGGCUUUAAUGGGUUCAAGUGGAGCCGGCAAAACAACACUUCUAGCGGCAAUCAGUAGACGAGACAAAAGCGCAAUGUCUGGUUACUUAAUGUUGAAUGGCCGACUCGCUGGAGCAGACUUGAUAGCUCGUAUAUCAGGAUUUGUACCACAAGAAGACCUUUCAAUUGAUGACCUGACAGUGGCUGAGCAUAUGGAGUUUAUGGCUCGUCUGAUGAUGGACAAAAGGGCUACGUCAACUGUAAGAUCCAGACGAAUAACGCAACUGCUGGGCGAUCUAGGUGUAGUGGCUUGCACGAGCACAAAAUUAAAAGCUCUCUCUGGAGGAGAGAGGAAAAGAGUAGCUUUAGCUGUUCAGCUUCUCAACGAUCCACCAAUAUUGUUCUGCGAUGAGCCAACAACAGGUUUGGACAGCUCAGCAGCAAGUGCAGUAGUGUCUCGUCUUAGAAGAUUGGCGAUAGGCGGAAAACUGGUCGUCUGUUCCGUUCACCAGCCAGCUUCUGGAGUAUUUGAACUGUUCCAUCAAGUCGUACUGCUGGCUAAUGGUAGAAUAGCGUUCCAUGGGACGAUUGAACAAGCGGACCAGUUCUUCGCUUCCCUAAACUACAAAUGUCCAGUGGGUUUCAACGCAGCAGAGUAUUACGUAACGUUACUUGGUAUAGAAAUAGAAAAAGAAAUGGAAAGUAGGGAGAGAAUCCGUCGUAUAUGUAAUGAAUAUCAAAGAUCAGAUAUCGCAGCGGCUAUUGAGAGCAGAGUGGGCGAUGUCAAGGACGAAAUGGAAUAUUUUAAUGGAACAACAGACGAGAAGAAUGUGUACUUCGAGCGGUAUUUAACUCUAGUCAAAGUGAACUACUUCGUUCAAUUUUACUGGUUGAUGUGGAGAAAUAUAUUAUCAAUAAAACACAAUAAAUCUAUAUGGAUUGCAGAAUUUCUACUUUUGAUGUUCGUCGGCCUCGUAAUAUCCAUUCCCUAUAUGGGUCACUUUAAAGAACUAGACCAAAGGGACAUACAAAACGCCGAAGGUCUUUUAUAUCUGACGAUCACUGAGACGAUAUUUUUGUUUAUUUAUGCCGUCUUCAUCACGUUCCCUAGCGAAGUGCCCAUUUUGUUGAGAGAAACUGCCAGCGGCUUAUAUGCACCGGUGCCUUAUUAUCUUUCUAAAGUUAUAUUUUGGAUCCCGCGAGCAGUAAUCGAACCUAUACUCUUUGUGACUUUGAUAUUCAAUGUGGCGGGUCUCCAAGGGGGUUUCAUGAACUGGCUUGGAUUUUGCUUCGUUUGCAUUCUUUGCGCUAACUACGCGAAUGCUUAUGGCUCAUUUUUAUCAGCUGUUUUUGAUAAAAUGGAGACAGCAGCCCUCGUGUCGGUGCCCUUCGAUCUUAUUGGGACGAUGUUUUCCGGCAUUUAUCUUAACUUAGGCAGUGCUUCCCCAUACAUUUCCUGGCUAAAAUACGUAUCAGGGUUCUACUACGGGAUCGAAUCUAUAUCAAUACUUCAAUGGGACUCAAUAGAGUCCAUCAAUUGUGUGAGUAUUAAAGGCAUGCCCUGCAUCAAGACCGGUCCGGACGUGUUAAGAAGGUUCGGUUACGCUGAAGAAAACUUUUGGAGGAACUGUAUAUGUUUGGCCGCGAUGUAUUGUAUCGCACAUACCAUAGCUUUCCUUAUGGUUAUAAAAAGAAGUAGAGGGACGCCUGUUUAU